GCCUGCAUACAAACGCGAAAACAUUUGCUGGUGCCAGCUUUCACUUCGAUCAAUCAUCAGAGCCGAAAGCUUUCUCAGCAGGUGGGGCCACUUAUUUUUGCUCCAAGGGGCAGAUCAGUGUGAAUAGUCAGAUUCCACAACAGUGCACAACAGAGGACGCAGAAGCACAAUUAAAAUCGUCUAUCCACCCGUGUUUUCAAGAUGCCACACAAGAGCAAGAAGAAAGGCCAUGGUCACGAUAAAGACCCCAAGGAGGCGAAAGAAUCGCAGCCUAGCCGGGCCACACCCAAACCGGUCGCUCAGGUCUCCACUGGGAAGCCUGCACAGUUCGAGAAGGCAGCGUCAGGAUCCGCCAUGGCUUCAAAGCCUGGGGUUACCACAGCAACAGGUGGAGCCACUCGUAGUGGCGUGACGGCGGGAGGAAGUGCUUCAGUUGGGACCGCAGGAAAAGCCAAAGCAGAGACUAUGGCAGGUACUGUUAUUGACAUGUCGUCCGCUGGGUCUACCUUUGUUGACAUGACAUCAGCUGGGGCGAGGGCUGCUCCUAAAGAGAUGCCUAAGACUGCUGCCGUCUCCCAAGUCAAAGCUACGGUUCCCUCUCCUGCCGCUGGCCUCACUGCAGUGACCAAACCUAAAGAGUCUCCCAAAGGCUCAGCUAAGAGUGCAACUGCUACCACAACAGUCAAGGCCGAGGUGCCUAAAGUUGAUACGGCUAGACCAUCAAAGCCAACUGCAACGGCUGGAAAUGUGUCUGUGCAGGGGAAGAAAGAAGUGACAGAAAUUAAGGUGCAGGCGGAGAUUCCUCCGGCAGCAGCUAAAGGAGCCAAAGAGGUUGAUCCAUUCGAUGCCCUGGCCAACAUACUGCCAUCAGUUGGUCCUGCACCCGUCGUGCCUGUAUACACGGGGCCAGAGGUCGUGGAGCAUAACAUCAUCUCCGAGACGGGUCAGAAAUGCGGAGAAAAAGACAGCACGCUGCCUCCAGGCUACAGAUUUGAUGAUAUGCCUCCAGUUCCUGCAGAUUACAAGCCAAAGGAUGUUCCUAAACCACUGAGCACGGAUGAGGCCCUGGACUCUCUUUCAUUUGGAUUUACGUCUCCAGCCGCUCCAGCUGCACCCAAGAAGCAAGAGGUAAUGACUGAAAUGUCUGCAACAGUUCCUACUGUGUCUGUAUGUCCUCCUCCAGCUGAUAAAAAAGCCAAGAUGGAGAAUGAUUUCUCCCUGGAGUCUUGCCUUCCUGCCGCUACUGCCACGAAAGCAGCUCCUCCUGUGUCUUCAUGCAAAGCUCCUCCUGCUGAUAAAAAAACCAAGAAAGUGGACACCAAGCCCAAGACUGAUGGGGGUGACUCUAUGUCUCUAGAUGCUCUCAGCGCUCUCGUUGACACGCUUCCAGAAGACUUACCAAAACCUGAUCUCCCUGAACUCAGACCUGAGGACAUCAUCUCGGAGGACAAACACAAGAAGGAGAAGGGUGUGUUUGUAGGAGAGAGGGAUGACUCGAUUGCUCCAGAAUACAGGUUUAAUAAGGAGGAACUCAAAAAAGUGCCUGCUCUAAAACCUGAGCCCGCCUUGGGUACUGCUGAUGCUCUGGACUUUUUGUCUGGAGACUUCAUGGACUCCUCAUCAGCUCCUCCUGCACAGAAAGCCCCUGUUGUGGCUGUGUGUCCUCCUGCUAACAAAUUCAUGCAGGAGAAAAUCCCUGAUGAUUUCUCUCUGGAGGCUGCAACUGCCACGAAAGUGGAGUCCAAUUUUGCCGUGUGUCGCGGUCCUCCUGCUGGUAAGAAAGCCGAAGUAGAGAAAACCGCUGCCGGAAAGGACAAGCUCAAGAGUGGUCAGGGUGACUCCUUCUCUCUGGAUGCUUUCAGCGCUCUCAGUGACACGCUGCCAGCGGACAUGCCAAAACCUGAACUUCCCGAACUCAGACCUGAGGACAUCGUCUCGGAGGGCAAACACAAGAAGGAGAAGGGUGUAUUUGUAGGAGAGAGGGAAGGCUCCAUUGCUCCAGAAUACAGGUUUAAUAAGGAGGAACACAAAAAGCUGCCUGUUCCUAAACCUGAGCCCACCAUGGGUACUGCUGAUGCUCUGGACUUUUUGUCUGGAGGCUUCACGGAUUCCUCAUCAGCUCCUCCUACACAGCCAAUUGAUUACAAACUGCCUGUGUGUCUCGGACCUCCACCUGCUGUCAUGGCUCCUGUCCACACUCCUGUUCCUGCAGUGAAACUUGAGCACACUUUGGUUGUGUGUCAGGGACCUCCACCUGCUGUCAUGGCUCCUGCUCUUCCUGUACAGACCAAAGUAGAGGACUUGUCAGCUCUGGAUAUGCUUUCUGAAGACUUUGUGUCUACAACCAAAGCUUCUGGAGUUCAGGCACCUGCCCCUCCUGCAACCAAGAAAAAGACACCAGAGAGAACGGUUUGUCCUCUGGAGCGCCCUAACAAAGUUGACGUCAUCCAGCCAAAACCCAAGACUGAUAAGGGUGACUCCUUCUCUCUGGAUGCUCUCGGUGCUCUCAGUGACACGCUGCCAAAAGACCUCCCUAAACCUGAACUCCCCAAACUCAGACCUGAGGACAUCAUCUCGGAGGACAAACACAAGAAGGAGAAGGGUGUGUUUGUAGGAGAGAGGGAUGACUCCAUUCCUCCAGAAUACAGGUUCAAUGAGGAGGAAUGCAAAAAACGGCCUGCUCCUAAACCUGAGCCCUCCAUCAACACUGGUGAUGCUCUGGACUUUUUAUCUGGAGACUUUGCGUUCUCCUCAUCCGCUCCUGUGGUCCAGGCUCCUGUCAUCACCCCCUCAGCCCCCCCUGCACAGCCCUCUGCAGACUUUGCUCUGGACGCCUUGGCGGAAGAAUUUGUUUCCUCCUCGGCUGCUUCAACGGUGAAGUCCUCUGCAUGUGCUCCCACAGAAUCUGCCGCAGAUCUGGCCGCAGGAGCAGACAAUGCCCUGGAGGCCCUGGAGGCCCUGGAUGCUCUGUCAGACACCUUGAAGGACAUCACACCCGUCCCUAUGCCCGCCCCAGUUCCUACCAAAGACCUCGUCAAUGAAGAGAAGCUGAAAGAAGAAAGGCUGAUUAAGAUGGGGGAGAGAGACGACACGUUGCCACCAGAGUAUCGACCCACUGGGGAUAUUGGAAAAGUACCUGCAAAACCAAAACCUAAGGGGAAGUCUAUGGAUGAUAAGACAGCGUUGGACCUGCUGUCCAGUGACUUCUCUGCUGCUGCCUCUCUACCUGUAGCACCCGUCGCUUCAGGCGCUGCCACAACAAAGCUGGAACCUCCUGUGCUGGACUCAGAGCCCCUGAAGCCAAUGGCUGGCGCUGUCCUGGACUCCCUGUCCAGCACCCUGCUCCCAGACGCCCCAGAGUUCAUACCUAAGUCAGACAAACCAAAGGGCAAGAGCAAGUCAAAGUCAAAGUCCAAAAAGCACCAUGCAGAGGAGCCUCACUCUGACCAGCUCCCAGCACAGCCAAGCUCUGACGUCAUGCCCAAAUCUACAAGGAAGGGAGGCAGGAGCUAGACCACUGGGUUGUCAGAGCAAUUUGACCCCCCGGCCACAGGGACGCUUCAGUGAGGGAGCUGCUCUCUGGAUAAUGAUUCUAUUUUUUCUAAAUCGCCUAGAAUGUAUACUGGAUGAAAGACAAACCACGACACACACACACUCACACACUCUGCAUGUGGCGCCUCUUUUGCUCGGUUUCACAUGUAUUAAAGUAUGUAAGAUGUUGGUUUUCUGUGGAGAAUAUUAAAGACUGUUGAAACAAGAUGGAGAAUAGAAGAAUGACAAAGACAGAGGGGGAAACUGGCGGGAAGGAGAGAGAAAGUCAGGUGAUAAUCUUUAGUUUUUGUUGGUUGGUGGUUUGAGCGUGCUGAUGAGAGGAAGGCGCCGCCCGUCAGAGUCCUGCAUGAACAUGUCAGCUGACAGUUGUUCACACACUAAUAUUACAACUGUUGUGAUGUUGGUUGGAGCGGAGGGGGGUGUAUCGUAUCAGGAUGUUUGUGCAAUCUUGAUGUACACAGAAAAGCACAUUUUUCUAUCACGAUCAGAUGCCAUUAAUACACUAGUGUACAGCUUAGUUUGCUUUCUAUUUUGGACAACACAUAGUUUACAUAAUUACAUAUGUGGAGGUUUCGAGGAGCUUAAUUAUAUAUCCUAGGGCUUCUCGCAAAUGCCUUUAAAUUUCUACAGAGAAAUAUCUGUUUAAAAAAAAAAGAAGAAGAAGGGUCUUGUAUGCAUUUGGCCUUGUAGAAAAAAUAAUUGCUUGUGUCCAGAAGUGCACUUAGUGAACUGAGGUGGCUCCAAGCUUUUUUUAACUGCCCUUGUUUGUAUACUGUACAAAAAAAAAGAAGAAAAAAAAUGUUUUUGCUCUAUUAAAGACAACACUGUAUAAUUGUUAAAGGCUUUUCAAAUGUAAAGUCCAAAAUCAAUAUAAGGCACCCUUGUUUAAAUUAGUUCAUGGCAAAGGUUUUGUGUGGGUGUGAGUCAAAAGAUGUGAGAUGUAUUUUAGUUGAGGGAAUGCUAAUUCAAUAAAUAAAAAUAUGUAAAAACGA